AUGGGUGAAGGUGACAGAAAAGCACAACUUGAAGAAAUUCAGUCUAUCGAGUCGAUAUACGGUGAUUUGAUUCAUUUCGAAUCAUCUUCACAACUCAGCGUACGGUUUAACGAUGUACGGUUGACUAUUUGUCUUCCUAAACAUUAUCCAACAAGCUCACCACCAUAUUUCGAGCUUAGUGGUCCAUCAUUAACAGAAAUCCAGAAAGAAGAAGUCAAGAAUUCGAUGAAUGAAAUUUAUGCAAAAAAUGUUGGUCAGCCGGUUUUGUAUGAGUGGAUUACAUAUCUGAACGACUAUUUGACCGGCUUUUGUAAUAGUUUCAAAGAGGAAUCAAUUGAUGAAAAUGAGUCUCCAUCUGUUAAUACGGCUGUAUCAUCAUCAUCGCAACCGUGCAUUCCAACCAUAAUCAGUGGCAAUUCAAUGGUGGAUCGGAAAAGCACAUUUCAAGCGCAUGUUGCACAAGUAUUCUCCAGGAAUGAAGUAAUGCUUGUGUUAAAUAAGUUGAAAGAAAACAACAAAAUUGCUAGAGCAACACACAAUAUGUAUGCAUGGUUAACUGAGGAAAAUGUAAAUGGCCGCUUGAUAAAACAGCACGACUGUGAAGAUGAUGGUGAGGUUGGUGCAGGUGCGAAAUUAUUGAAUUUAUUGGAAUUGAUGAAAGCGAAAAAUGUAUUAGUGAUCAUUACUCGCUGGUACGGAGGUAUACAUCUUGGACCGGAUCGAUUUCGACAUAUUUGUAACUUGGCACGUCAGAUCCUAGUGGACAAUGGUUUUUCUGGUCGCACUUCUUAA